AGUAGAAGAAAACCUCAUAUUAAUGGAAGAUGGGGUGGGCCUCUGUUGCUAUACUUCAUCAUGACUGCAAUUGGUUCCAUAGGAGGUCCAUUCUUAAUGAGACUCUACUUCAUGCAUGGUGGCAAGCAUAAAUGGCUCUCUAGCUGGCUUCAGAAUGUUGGUUUCCCUUUCUUUCUUGGCCCUCUCUUAUUCUUCAACUUCAAGCAACUAUUAAGAACAGGGUCAACUCCAACAGCAUUCUUCAUGGAUUCAAUGCUCUUUGCUUCAAGUGCAGGUUUAGGGGUCAUAAUGGGUCUUGGCAGUUAUUUGUAUUCAGCAGGUUUGUUUUAUAUUCUAGUCUCCACCUCUGGGCUGCUCACCUCAACCCAACUAGCCUUCACUGCUUUGUUUGCAUUCCUCUUAGUAAAGCAGAAGUUGACAUUUUACUCUAUAAACUCAGUUGUAUUGAUGACCCUGGGAUCCAUUGUGUUGGCAUUCCAUAGUUGUGGUGAUCGACCUCCUGAGGUCCCUAACAGUGAGUACUUCCUUGGGUUCUUCUUUACAUUAGCUGGAGCUGUGUUGCUUGGGUUAUUUUUUCCACUUGUUGAGCUUGCUUAUGGCAAGAUCUCAAAACCCAUUACUUUUGCGGUGGUCUUACAGUUUAGGUUCAUCACAAGUCUUUCUGCAACUAUAUUCUGCCCUAUCGGAAUGAUCAUAAACAAUGAUUUUGAUGUUAUCCCAAGAGAGGCUAAAGAGUAUGCGAUUGGUGAGUUAAAGUACUGUAUUGUGUUGGUCACCGGUGCCAUUGCUUGGCAGUUCCUUAUCAUUGGGAUGCUUGGAGUAAUCUAUUGCACCUCUUCUCUCUUCUUUGGAAUUCCCUCUGCGGCUCUCCUUCCAUUCAUACAGAUUGGCGCUGUCAUAGUCUUUCAUGAUAAGUUCACUAGUGAGAAAGGCCUUUCUUUAGGCUUGUGCCUUUGGAGCUUUGUCUCUUACUUCAUAGGAGAAUACAAGAGUGGACAGAAGAAGUUAACCAUAAUUCAGGAAGAGGAAGAAAUUGUAUGAGUUUUGGCUAAUCGUAAAGUUUUAGUGAAGCCCCU